AUCCACCUCAAACCCUCGUCCCGACCUACGCGUCUCCUGCACCCUUCCGUGCCUGACUCUAGUCUCUGACCCAUCUACAUCCGGCCCAGCCGACCAAAUCGCCGUUCAAGGGCGCGCCCAUGGAGCCGGCGGUGGAGAGGAAGGCGGCCGAGCAGGAGGAUCUGCUGCGGCCAGAGCACGCCCGGAGCGAGGACACGCCCGCCCCUGCCGUCGAGGAGGAGGACGAGGCGGAGGCGGAGGAGAACGAACGCCGCAACCGCGAGCUCAAGGCCGGCCUCCACCCCCUCAGGCGCAAGCUCGUGCUCUGGUUCACGCGCCGGACCCCUGGGACGAGGUCGCAGUCGUACGAGGACAACAUCAGGAAGAUCGUCGAUUUUAGCACCGUCGAAUCGUUCUGGGUUUGCUACUGCCACCUCUCGCGCCCGUCUGCCCUCCCGAGCCCCACGGACCUGCACCUUUUCAAAGACGGUAUCCGACCACUCUGGGAGGAUCCUGCAAAUCGGAAUGGUGGCAAGUGGAUCAUACGGUUCAAGAAGGCUGUUUCUGGUCGUUUCUGGGAGGAUUUGGUGCUGGUGCUAGUGGGUGAUCAACUUGAUUAUAGUGAUGAUGUUUGUGGUGUGGUUCUCAGUUGCCGUUUCAAUGAAGACAUUCUAAGCGUCUGGAACCGAAAUGCAUCAGACCACCAGGCGGUGAUGACAUUAAGAGAUUCAAUUAAGAGGCAUCUAAAGCUGCCACACACCUAUUUGAUGGAGUACAAGCCACAUGAUGCUUCACUGCGAGACAACUCGUCGUACAGGAACACAUGGUUGAGAGGGUGAACUCGAUGUUAUCGAAACUGGUUAUAGCCUUUGUUCCGAACUAAAUCCUUGUGGAUUUGCAGUUCCAACUUUUCAGACCUGGCUGUUAUGCAUUACAUAUGCAGACUCUUUGUCAUGCUAAGCAUUAUCCAGAAUUUCAAAUGCCUCAGUGUCAACUACUAUAUGUUAUCUCGCUACUAUGUUUCUAUGCUCGACUGGUUUUAGCAAGUGUUUAGGUUUUCAA